AUGUCUACUUUUGCUAAAGUCACAUUCUCAGCAACCCGUUAUGCUGUCUCUCGCCCUGCCUAUCCCAAUGCGCUAUACCAAAAAGUUCUAGGUUUCCAUGAAGGGCAGCGACAACUAUGUAUUGACCUAGGAACUGGCCACGGUCUGGUACCCAGAUUCCUAGCGUCCAGCUUUGAUCGUGUACUAGGAUUGGAUCCUUCUGCAGGUAUGGUUGCCGAGGCGGAAGAGCGAAGCAGCAGUUUCGCAAACUUAAAAUAUAUGCAAUCGUCUGCAGAGCACCUGCCAAUGAUCGCCAACAACUCGGUAGAUCUGGUCACCGCUGGGCAGGCCGCCCACUGGUUCAACCACACCAAGGUCUUUAAGGAGCUCCAGCGAGUACUUCGUCCACGGGGCACUUUAGCGUACUGGGGAUACAAAGAUCACGUGUUGGUCAACCAUCCUAUCGCCACCAAAGUACUCAAUGACUAUGCGUAUGGAAAAGAUCGUCAAUUUCUUGGUAGCUAUUGGGGUCAGCCUGGACGCUCGAUUGUUCAGGAUUUGCUGCGAUCUGUACAUCCCCCUCCGUCGGCCUGGACAGAUGUUACAAGAAUAGAAUAUGAGCCUGAAGGUUCCAGAAGCGCUUAUGAUCCAAACCAAAGGCUGAUGUUCAAGCGUAUGCGCUUGGGGGAGAUGGAGGAGUACAUCCGAACCUGGAGCUCUGUACAUUCAUGGCAGCUCGAUCAUCCGGAUAGGCUGCGUAUACGAGAUGGUGGAAAAGGUGAUGUUGUUGAUGAGAUGAUGGAAACCAUGGUGGCAUCAGACCCAAGCCUCCAGGCUAAUGGUACCAACUGGCGGGAAAUGUGGGUAGACGUCGAGUGGGGUAGUUACAUCCUGCUUGCACGUAAAAAGUAG